AUGACGAAUGAGCAAAUGGUUGCCAGGGAAAUGCGUGAAAAAGCUGCCUACGCACAAAAAUUGGAGCAAGAGCUUGAGGAGACGCGAAAACGACUUGAGGACCUAAGUAAACGUUGUGCUGGAAAAGACGAAGAGCUCAGAACGCAUAUGGAGAUCAUCAAUGUGCUGAAGGAGGAAGACGGAGAGGGCAGGCGAGAGAUUGCUGAAAGGGAUCGAAGAAUAAAAGAAUUAGAAGAUAUGGUGCAAGGAAUAUUUGACCGUGGAGAGGUGAACAACUGCUGA